UUCUCCCAUCUUGGAACCCUAGAUCUCUUCUCCCUUGCGCCACCAUAUCUCUCCCCUCGCCCUCCCUGCCCUGCCCGAGCACAUCGAAGCCAUGGCCACCGUUGUCUGCGUGCCCACCGUCGUCCCCAUCGCCUAGGCCUGCGCCAGGAGCACCACCGGAGGCCGCCGCUUCUUCUUUGCCCACCAGGCCAAGCCGGAGAGCCCUCACGGUGCCGGAUCCAUCGCCUUCCACUCCGCCACGGCCGCCACACUUCAUCGGUCGAUCCGCUGACCUCGCCCACCUUCGGCCUCACCGAGACGCCUGCGACACUCUCUAUGAGCCCCCGGUCCCUCGCGACCUCUCCCCUCUCUUCCUCGUGUCCCGUAGAGGCACGCCCGAUCUAGUCUGAUCUCCGCCGCCGCCAGGGUUCGUCGUCGGCGCCCCUGCCAACCGCCACAACAUCUGUUGCCCUAUUGCAGCCGCCCACUGCGGCCUGCCGUGCUGCCCGACUCAGCCUCGCGCCCCCUCCUGACCAAGCCCACCUCCGCCUCACGCCCACGGCCACGACCAACGGCGCCCGACCACGCUCCCUGCACGCCAUGCCUACUACUUUGUCGCUGCUGCUGUUGCCUGCUUCCUACUGCUACUUCUUGCUACUGUUGCCGUUGUUGGCUGCUCCUCAUGCGGCUGCCACUGCUAUCUAUUGCUUUUGCUAGCUGCUGAGCUGCUAGUCUGCUCCUUUCCCUGCCUGUUGCUGCUGCCUUGCGGCUCGACUGCUAUUUUAACUGAUGCUGCUGCGGCGCCCAGCCGCACUCGCCGCUGCUUGCCGGCCCACGGCCUUCUACGCGUGCUUGUUGUGCUGCACUUCGGCCAUAGCCGGCCAGACAUGCGUGCACACAAAGCAUCCGGCGCUCCUACGCAUGCCUUGCAUGCUCAUGUGCGUGCUUGCAGCCUGCCAACAUCGAUUUGUUUAGUGUUAGGUAAACUUGGUUGGCCCAAUGACAUGUACCUCACUUUAAUUCUACACUAGUUUAAUUUUUGUGCCAAUGACAAGUGGGCCACCACCUCUAGUUUUGACCAGUCAUUUUGACUGUGUUGACCAGCCCCCUGGGUCCCGUUGUCAUACACAUGGGCUAGGUAGCACUAUGUAACAAAAGUAUUUUAUUGUCUUAUUUUUGAAUUAAAAUAAAUUCAUAAAAUGAUUAAAACUUUAGAAAAUCAUAUAAAAUAAACCGUAGCUUAGAUCGAAAUAAUUUAUAUAUGAAAGUUGCUCAGAAAAAUAUGAAGAAUCCGAAAUGCCACGAACAUGCAACCAUCCCCCUUCUGUUCGUCUGUCCGAAAAUGCCGAAUAUCAGGAAUACUUUCCCGGAUGUUUCCCUCCUUCGCCGGUAUCACCUAUCCCUGCGUUAGAUCAUCCCUGGCACCGCGUAUUGCCUUGUUAUAUUUUGCGAUGCCUUGUUUGCUCCGUAUUUACUGUUUCUUCCCCCUCUUCUCUGGUAGACCCUGAGACCGGUGCUGAUGCCACUGAGUACGACUAUAUCAACGAUGACCCGUCUUUCCUUGCCAGAGCAACCCGGCAAUCCCCCCUUUGAUCAACCAUAUAUCGCCCACUCUCUUCUCCCUUAUUCUUGCAUUAGGUUUGCUACUGUUAUUGAUUUCAAUGCUCCUAUUCUAUUGCAUAGCUUGUCAUUGUUGUGAAAAUGCCUAGGAGCUCUCGGCGACUCCCCCCACUGUAAUCCAUCCCAUCCACCGGCAUUGGUAUUCGCACUCACUAUAUUAGCUCCGCCGUAUUCACAUCAUUUAACGUGUACUAUUCAUUUCUAAAGUACGGUAUAUAAACUGAACAGUGCAAUGCGCUUUCUCCUUUGUCCAGGCAAUUUCACAUCAUCUUGUCCUUCUCCCCACUCGCCCGCCAACUCCCAACCACCCAUCUGGAUUUAAUGCUCACGCUUCACAAUCUCCUGCAACGGCUCAAUCCAAAGCUACAACGGUCAUCGACUCAAUCCAAAGCUACAACGGUCAUCUCCCUCCUCUCGUCAGAUAUAAAAUGCUUGCAGCUAGCAGCUUCCUCACUACUCCAUAUCAUACCGUCAAGAACAUUUCAUACCACCCAUUCAGAACAGCUUCCUCCCUUGUACAUGGUUCUCAUUGCCAUGUCUAGCUCAACCCAUCCCAUGUCAAGCUCCAGCUCCCCCCUUGUUUCUCUUGAGGAGCAGCCACCACUUCCACUCAUGAUCUGCCCUUUCUGCAACAAUGGUAUGGUUUAGUGGUGGGUCUCUCGCACGUCAAACAAUCCAGGCAAGCACUUUUACAAGUGCGAGCACGAGUGGACUCACAAAUGCAACUUUUGGAAAUGGGAAGAGAACUACAUCAACAUCAUAUGAGCCAAGUGGCCGAGGCUGUUCACCGUCCCUUCCCGCGAAGACAGGAAAUUCCACCGCAUCAUCUUCGUUCUCCUUCUGGUCAAUCUGCUCGCUCUGCUCUUUGUAUGCUGCAAGGUCGCAUGAAGCCGGCGGGAGCUCUCCCGACUAGUGCAUGUCCAUCAAGUUCAAGCCGCUCUUUAUUGAAUAAAUUUGUUUAUCUGUAUUGUCUGUAACCAGCUACCAUCCACUUGCAAAUUCUAUUUUUUAUUUUAAUCCACCUUAUGAUUAGAUGUUGUAAUCAUGUAUCAGAACUAGUACCCCUUUCACGCAUUCGUAAUCAGAUUUAUGAUGUAUGAAUUUUUAGUUAUCCACCUUCUCCAUUACCUCUGUCAUUAUUGUUCAUUAUUUACGUCCAUCCCACACCACAUUGUACCAUCUCUCAAUAAAUAACCUCUCCCCCCAAAGUCAACAUUCCCUGCCCAAAAGGCUGCUUCAACAGGCAUAAAUGCUCCUGUGCAACCAUCAAUAUCGUCCACCGGCUGUCCCAACACGCUUGCUUCCUCCAAUUAUAAACCCCCCUACACAUAUCUGCACAAAUGUAUUCCAUCCCAACCAGACACCCAAUCCGUCCACCCACGCCAUAGGCUUCACCACGCAUAGCAAGACCUGCUUUUAUCUAAAGAUUCCGUAUCUUCAUCAUUUAACCAAGAUGUCAUAUUCACGCCCUAGUUCAUCACGCUUGAUCGAAGAGGUGCUAGAUGCAGCUGACCAACUCGAUGACAGCUCAGAUUCUCAUCCGGGAGGUUUAGCACCAACUUCACGCACGUCCGUAACAAAAGUUGUUUCUAUUGUUUCGUCUUUCAACGAGUACAAAAGAUUUCUUGUUAAUGAAAUUGGUUGGGGAGGGAUUCUUAAACUCCCAGCACUCGCCCGACUUAAUCUACGUUUUAGCAAGUGGUGGAUGAGUCGUCUUGAUGGGCCUUCCAUGUCUGUACACCUAAAUGCCACUAAAAGGCUUCGUUUCUGGCCUGGAGAUGUUCACAAAGUAUUUGGUGUGCCAUGUGGGCCCAAAAAUAUUCUUGGGCCGGAUGGCCAAUGCUCAGAAACGACUAUACAGUUCCUACGUUCUAUUCUUGGAAUGCCAAAGAAGGGAAAUCAAGUUCUAAAAGCUGCUGAAUCCAACCUCACUCGUCCUUUGUCUGAGCAUUGUUCUAGUAAUUUAGAGAAAGAUUGUUUCAAGAUGGCAUUCGUUAUUUUCGUUAUCGGCCACCUUCUUGCUUCUUCUAACAAGCACGACACAUCAAUAAUUGACUAUUGGGGAGAAAUAGCAAACACUGAUAGGAUAGCUGACUUUGAUUGGUGCAACUACGUUCUAUCCGAUUUGAUUUCUGCAUCACAACAAGUUCAAUCAGACAUGCGCAAUAACAAGUUAAAGACCCAUCUUCAAGGAUGUCAUGUAUUCCUCCAGGUAUUUGUUCUUGACAACCUAAACCUCGGACUUAACAAUAUCCCUCACGAUACUUAUCCAAGAGUUGCCUCCUUCGACGAUAACAAAUUACGACGCAUGAUAUUGGCUACCACAAGUACCGACAAAUUAACGUGGGACUACUCUUGUGCUCCGGUGUCAUCUGAUAUUGGUAUACUUCUAAGACGCAACAAUGCCAUUGUAACUAGAGAAGCCACAUCAUUGCGGAGUUCCAUUCUACGCGAGAACACGACAUUUCUUGACAAACUAAUGUCCCUUCUAUCAUCAAGUUGUAUUUGUUGUAGCAUUCGGUCUCUUCCAUGUAUAAUGCAGAGUUCGCCUCCUAUGAGCACAACUCAUCAAAAUUUAGCUUUAAGUGGUCGUAAAUUGGACAUGUCAGAUUCUGAAGGUGAGACUUCCUCGUCCACAAGCAAGGUCCCUUUUUUCAACCGCACUACACAAGAUAAUGUCCCAACCACACACUCCAAGAAACGACCUAGGAUUAACUCUCUUCAAGCAAAUUCUGUGACACCUCCGUCAUUUGCCACCACUUCAAAUAAGCCUUCAACACUACAGCUAGCUAAGACAUGGGCCGACACAAUCGCUUGUGGUGUUUUGAUGUUCAAUGAUGACCAAAACAUACCUGAUGGAGCUGUUACUUUUGCCCAAUUAUCUGAUCGGCUGCCUACUAAAUCAGCGUCUCGCCAUCUAAAGUACGCUACUGACCAUUGGACUGCACGUGCUUAUCAGCCUAAACUGAGUAUUGACAGCCUUGCUUCUGUUGAACAAUUCAUGAACAAACUAUCUGAAGAUGUUGCUAGGAGGCCUUGGGUCAGACAUGAUUAUCCAAGAUUCAUUUCAAUCAAUGGAUCUUCCAUUAGAGACCAGUUAGUUGGUGAUACACCACUAGACCAUGAAGUAUGCUCUUUAAUCGUCCGGACUAUUGUUAUUAAUGACAACAUUUUCCUAUAUCCCUUAGGCGGCUUUUGGCGUAUUUUCUUUGAACCAGAUUUAUCGACAUGUAUUCUUGCUGGCGAGAAUCUAUGGGAAGUACGCUCCAUACAAAACCAAUUCCUUAGCCAACGAGCGUCAACUCAUCUAUCGAAUUGUAAAAUGUUCAUCAUGCCGGCAACGCUUCAGACUGGCUGGUGUGCUUACGCAUGGGACAUGGAACGCAAACUUAUACACAUACUAAACCCUUGUGCCGACUCAGCCCAAUAUAGCUCUCUAAAUACCACACACGAUUGCAUCGCCGAAAAACUUCAUGUUGGCCUUUACUCCUGUCUAUUCAAAUUUUUCAAUACCUGGCACGUCGACUGUUUGAAUUGGAAGAAAGUAUAUGAUAUACUUGCCUCCGAAGUUUUCACCAAGGAUGAAUCUGACUUGGCUAUGAUUCAAAUGGCCUGUUCUUUCAACGGCGUUGGUGUGUCUGAAAUGCUUAACAAGCUAAAUGUGAGGAUCCAGAAAAUUAAUUUGGUUGCAGACGUUGCCAAACUCAUUCACAACGCCGGAGAACCGCCUGUCGAGCUUCACGCCAUAGUCAGCUAGAACAUUUGUCAUAUGGAUUGUUCCAUGUGUUCUGAUCAUAUACUAUUUAUUUUACGUUGCAUUCAAUAAGUCAUGUCUUUGGAAUGUAAUAUUUACUUACUUUGUUUGCCAAGUUAUAUUGAAACAUUAAUGUUCUGAAUUCGACGUACUUAAUGUCCCUCUUCAAUUCAUAAGUCACUCUUAUUCCGUACA